AAAUUGUUUGUUUGUCUCAGGUGCUGUCCCACAACCUGUACACAGUCCUGCACAUCCCCCAUGACCCUGUGGCCCUGGAGGAGCACUUCCGAGAUGACGACGAUGGCCCUGUGUCCAGCCAGGGAUACAUGCCCUACCUCAACAAGUACAUCCUGGACAAGGUGGAGGAGGGGGCUUUCAUUAAGGAGCACUUUGAUGAGCUGUGCUGGACCCUGACGGCCAAGAAGAACUAUCGGGUGGAUAGCAACGGGAACAGCAUGCUCUCCAAUCAGGACGCCUUCCGCCUCUGGUGCCUCUUCAACUUCCUGUCUGAGGACAAGUACCCUCUGAUCAUGGUUCCUGAUGAGGUGGAAUACCUGCUGAAGAAGGUGCUUAGCAGCAUGAGCCUGGAAGUAGGCUUGGGUGAGCUGGAGGAGCUGUUGGCGCAGGAGGCUCAGGCAGCCCAGACCACUGGAGGUCUCAGCGUCUGGCAGUUCCUGGAGCUCUUCAACUCGGGCCGCUGUCUUCGAGGAGUGGGUCGGGAGACCCUCAGCAUGGCCAUCCACGAGGUCUACCAGGAGCUCAUCCAAGAUGUCCUGAAACAGGGCUAUCUGUGGAAACGAGGGCACCUGAGGAGGAACUGGACUGAGCGAUGGUUCCAGCUGCAGCCCAGCAGUCUCUGCUAUUUUGGAAGUGAAGAGUGCAAAGAGAAAAGGGGUACUAUCCCGCUAGAUGCACAGUGCUGCGUGGAGGUGCUCCCUGAUAGAGAAGGAAAACGCUGCAUGUUUUGUGUGAAGACUGCCUCUCGCACAUAUGAAAUGAGUGCCUCUGACACUCGCCAGCGCCAGGAGUGGACCACUGCUAUCCAGACAGCGAUCCGGCUACAGGCAGAGGGGAAGACGUCGCUGCACAAGGACCUGAAACAGAAGCGGCGGGAGCAGCGCGAGCAGCGGGAGCGGCGGCGGGCAGCCAAGGAGGAGGAGCUGGUGCGGCUGCAGCAGCUGCAAGAAGAAAAGGAGCGGAAGUUGCAGGAGCUGGAGCUGCUGCAGGAGGCGCAGAGGCAGGCCGAGCGCCUGCUGCAGGAGGAGGAGGAGCGGCGCCGCAGCCAGCACCGGGAGCUGCAGGAAGCGCUGGAAGGCCAACUGCGAGAAGCGGAGCAGGCCAGGGCCUCCAUGCAGGCUGAAAUGGAGCUAAAGAAGGAAGAGGCCGCCAGGCAGCGGCAACGCAUCAAAGAGCUGGAGGAAAUGCAACAUCGACUUCAGGAGGCCCUGCAGUUGGAGGUGAAAGCUCGGCGGGAUGAAGAGGCUGUGCGCCUAGCCCAGACCAGACUGCUGGAGGAAGAAGAGGAGAAGCUGAAGGAGUUGAUGCAGCUGAAGGAGGAGCAGGAGCGCUACAUUGAGCGGGCACAGCAGGAGAAGCAAGAGCUGCAGCAGGAAAUGGCUCUCCAGAGCCGCUCCCUGCAGCAGGCCCAGCAGCAGCUGGAGGAGGUGCGGCAGAACCGGCAGAGGGCUGAUGAGGACGUGGAGGCUGCCCAGAGGAAGUUGCGCCAGGCAAGCACCAACGUGAAACACUGGAAUGUCCAGAUGAACCGGCUCAUGCAUCCAAUUGAGCCUGGAGAUAAGCGUCCUGCUAGCAGCAGCUCCUUCACAGGCUUCCAGCCCCCUCUGCUUGCCCGCCACGACUCCUCCCUUAAGCGCAUGACUCGCUGGGGGUCCCAGGGUCACAGGACCCCUUCACCCAGCAGCAGUGAGCUUCAGAAGUCCCUCAAUGGUGGGGAUGAGGCUUCCACACCAGCUUCCACCCCUCAGGAAGAUAAACUGGACCCUGCACCAGAAAAUUAGCCUCUGUUAACCUAUUAUCACCUCAACCUCCUGCCCACCAGGACCUGGCCACAGCUGGCCUGUGGGUAACACCAGUCCCAGUGAAAGAGGGAGCUGGAGUCCUGGUGCCAAGGGGCUGAUCAUGUCAUAUUCCAGAAUGGAACCUGGUUCGAUUUUUGCAGCAGCUCCAACCCUGAUCAGACCACUGGGGCUGUCUGGGAUGCUGAUCUUUAAGAACUUGACUCUGUGCCUUAACCCCAAGGACCUGUGGUAAGAAAAAGACUAAACGACCAAAUUAGGGGCCACCUAUCUCCAGACUGCCAACAAGUUGUGAAGGUACAUUUCCAAAUAAAAACUAUUCUUGAUAUGAAUUAUU